AUGUUUCAAGAUAUAGAACAAUGUCAGAAAUAUAUUGAAGAACAAUCACAGAAAGAUCGAUUAAUAAUGAUUGUUAGUGGUCGAUUUGGACAAGAAAUUGUUCCUUGUGUUCAUAAACUUAAACAAAUUAUAUUAAUCUAUGUGUAUUGUGGCGAUAAAGAAAGUAACAAACCAUGGACUGAGAAAUUUUUAAAAGUAAAAGCUGUUGUUGAUGAUCCUAAUGAGCUCAUCUAUCGAAUUAAAGCUGAUCAUAAAACUCAGAAAAUGGUAGAAGAAUCAGUGACAAUUAAUUUUUUUGAUAAAUCAAUGACUGGUGUAAAUGGUAAAUUUGUUUUCUCUCAAGUUCUCAUGGAUUGUCUUCUACAGCUAAAAGACACUCCAGAGGAUAAGAAAGAACUUAUUGAUCGUUGUAAACAGGAAUACAGAGACGAUAGUAUGCAAUUGAAUUAUCUUCGUGAAUUUGAAGAGUCUUAUUCAUCUGACAAAGUGUUAAUGUGGUAUACACGACAAUCAUUCUUUUUCAAGACUCUUAAUAAAGCUCUACGCACCGAAGAUUAUCAUUUGAUGUUUUUACUUCGUGCAUACAUUUCCGACAUGUAUAAUCAAUUAAAAAACUGUCCAGCUAAAACUCCUUUACGAGUUUAUCGAGGACAAAAGAUAUCAAGUGAUGAACUGCAAAAUUUGAAACGACGUCUCAAUCAGGUUAUUUCAGUGAAUUCAUUUUUUUCCACCAGUAAGGACAAAAAUGUAGCUCUGCCAUUUCUCCAUGGUGAUGAUGCUGGAGACAAAUUAAUAUCAGUAUUAUAUGAAAUAGAUGCCGAUCCUAAUAUGGUUGCUGCAAAACCAUUUGCUGAUAUCAGUGCAUUUGCUGAAUUUCCUAGCGAAUCAGAAAUACUUUUUAUGCCUGGUUCCAUUUUUCGUUUAAACAGCGUCAAUCGCAGUAAAGAUGAUUCAUACUGGAUCAUCCAUAUGACAUUGUGCAGUGAUGAUGAACAUGAUUUAAAAGAAGUUCUUAUGUAUAUGAAACAGCAGCUCAUUAGUGGAGAAACAAAUCUUCGAACAUUAGGAAAAAUAUUAUGGGAAAUGGGAAAAUUUGAUUUAGCUAAACAAUAUUUCACUCGUCUGUUAAAAGAACUUUCACCAAACGAUCCUUUACUUGGUACUUUUUCAGAUCCCUUCUUGGCUAUUUUAAAACAAUAUUUAUCAUCUACUGAUUGA